CUGAAACUCCUAGGCAUAAGAGUGUUAGCCAGAUUAUGAUUUUUUUAUUAUUUUUUUUUUUUACAGACCAUUGGUUGGCAUUUCUUUGUCCUACACAUUUAGGAGGUUUAGUUAUACAUUCUGAUUUGUUUUCAUACUAGAAUUCAUGGCAAAUUUUAGGUACUACAGUCACAUUUGGCUGACUUUAAAAUGGCAGAAGGAUCCUAUUAUACUGUUCUUUGACCCUAUUAUAUUUACGUUACUGGACUCUUUGUGAUAGCCUCUAGCUGCUUUCUAUCUGUGUCUUCCUUGAGCAAACUAUGCCCAGCAAUAUCUAAAAGCAGAGUGUAGUGUUCGAAAACAAGUUCUUAUUUGAAAUAUAUAUUUCUGCCCAGCGUCACAAAAGCAAAAGGUUUAUUUAAUGCUUGUCAGUACCUGAGAACAUGGUCCAGCACUUAACAAAUAAUAAUAAAUAAUAAUAAUACUCUAAUAAUGUGGCAAUCCUAGUGUGAAAAUGCACAUGACCUCUUAGGUUUUCCCGAAGAUUUUCAAAAGAACUCUACCCAUUAGUACAACCGCCAGUGGACAUCGCUGUUGCAUUUCCCAACGAAACGUUUAAAAGACUGUAAAUGGUGUGUGCAUUACUUCAUUGCAGAAGGAAGAGGUCAGGCUGAAUUGCACUGGUAUUUAAACAUAAUCAUACUAUGAAAAUAAAUCAAAACGUAACGUAAAAGGAGUAUUUUAAAUGUUGCACACAUUUUCUUUCUGGAGCGACGCAGUUAAGCACUUCCCCGCGAGCAUAUAUAUUUUAGCUCAAGUUUACAAAAAUGAAAGUAUACAUUUUCCAAUAAAUGGGAAUAGGUCUGCAGCGAGGUAUGAUGAAUAUUAUUUUGCUCUUUCUUUUCUAAUGAGGUUUAUCCCUCGGCCAGACAGCUUCAAGACCGAAACACUACUGGCUAUAGAGUGCAGAUUGCAGAUUGCACGCUACUCAACGUGAAAAGGAGCAGGGUUGAUUGAUGUCUGUGUGUGUGUGUGCGCCUAUACACACAACUCUCUGUAGUUGCAUGUAUAUGUAUUUGGCAAAACCGGGCAUCUCAGGGCGUCCUUAUCUUAAGAAAUGUGAGACAAACAUCCAUCCCUUUAAUCAUGUUCAUCUUUGAUCACCAGCGAGGGUGACACAGUCCACAAAAUUAACAAAGAAACUCCCUCGCUUUUGAGAGCAAGCUACACAUUCACAUCUGGGGCUGCACACACACGCGCGACGUACACACGGACACAUGAACACGCAGGCAUACACCCCGGCUCCCCGUAAGUAAAUUACUGCAUAACUUUUCACGUCACUGAUGCCAGACACCUCUAAUUUUGCAUUUUCAUUCUUUUGGCCAGCUUUCACGUUAACAAUCUAAGCCGUAAAUGUUGGUGGCUAUUGAUCGCAAUCCCCUGUGUGCGUGCAAAUCCAUUUUCAAGUCCCCUGCCUUUAAUGUGCGUGUGCGUGUGCAAGGGGCCUCUGCCGGCUCUUUAGCAGGAUCUGCCCCCCCAGCCUGCUCGAAGACGACCCCGGAUACACAACGUGUGCCGAUGGCCAAGGGAAAGCAUACGCACACUCACAAAAUCGAACCCACCAAACAAACGACGGAGAAGUGGAGAGACAGAGGUCUCUUGUGAGAUGCGGAGAAAGAUUUGCAACCGAAAGUGUGUGGAAGGACACGGUGGGGGUGUGCAGGCUGGACGUCUGACAUUUCCCAAGACUUCUGGUGGGUUUUUCCCUGCCGACAUUUGGCUCUGCCUCGCCCCCGGGGCUCAUGGCCGCACCUUUCGGGAAAUCGAGGUUCGCCGGAGAGCCGCCACCAGUGUCAAACGUUUGGCAGCGCCGGAAUUGAAAGCGACAAAAAUAAUGCAUUUUUCACACAGUUGCCGAAUCCCCCUGCCAGGCUGUCACCGGCAGUACGUGGGUGCGGGUGCCCGUAGCGCCCUGCGUGCGAACGCACGCGUGGAUUUACACGGGAAUCCAACCCAGCUGAACUACCUGGCAAAUAAAGGACUUUUCAGCCCAUCGGGGGUUUUGGUAGCGUCUUCGGAGCAGCUUUCUCUGAGUUUACUGUUCCUUUAGUGUUUACUCCAUAGCCUUAACCUUAAAGCAGGGGGAGGAGAGCAGCGGGGAGGGGGUGGGGGUGUUGGCAGCAUAUAAGUACAUCAGGAGGAAUUUUUAAACGACCUUAUUGUCUCUAGCUCUAGAAAGACUACGAUGAUUUCUGGUUAGCGCCAGCAGCUGUUUUCUCUCGAAACUUUGCUUGCAGCCUCAGCGUAGACCAGGGUGCCUCUCUCAGGAGCGAGGCAGAGAAAGGCGAGGCUGGGGGAUCCAGAUGCAAGGCGAGGGGAGGCGAACUCCGCGGAUGGUCUGAGCUGUGCCGAGGCAUUGUUCACUGCUGCCUCUCGGUUACGUUUAAAGGCUGAAAUAUCACGAGAUCCACUCAAUGAUCCUUUUCUAAUUCGAGGGACAAAAUGUAAUUUGCCGUAGCUCUGCUUCCUCGGAUGGGAACGCUACCCCCGGGUUCCAAAGGGGAGAACUAGGCAUCGCGGUUCGCACACACAUGGAUUAAGUUGAACAGCGGCGAUUGCAUCUGCGCUGGGAGAGCAACAGUAGUCCAGGGCUGACUUUUCAAACCUCAGCCCUCCGAGUUAGAGGCUUCCUUGAAUAGACUUCCUCCAUUCCCGGAUGCACUGCUCCAAAUUCCCACUCCUCUCUAGAAUUCCUGCGAAAUUGGGGGCUCGCCGGCAUUUCGCCUUGGCACGCAAAGCUGCGCCUUCGCAGAGCGAUUAUGCGCUUUAUUUUAGCUCUACCUGACGGGGUAACACGAACUCCACGCACCAUAUUGCCAAUACGAGGAGCGGAUAUGGACGUUUGGGACUGAAGAUUUUUUUUUUUUUUUUUCCCCCCUCGGCCGAUUUUUUGCCAAGUCCCAGAAAUAUGAGAUGUCUCAUUAAUCUCGCGGAUAUGUCUAAUUCGGGCUGUGCAGUGAUACAGAAAAGUGCUCGUGUUUGUAUCCAGCGGAACACUGGAUGCACGGCAGAGAUUGGUGAUUUUUUUUUUUUUUUUUGCAGCGCCUAACGUGCAAACCGCAAGCAUCACUUUAACGUGACAAGGGAGAGGCAUGCAGCUAUCGCAACAUUUGCGAGAUCCUCGUUCCUGACGCUCGAAUAAUUGAACGUUCCUAAGAAGAGGUUAAACCUUCGUGCUGCUUCUUCAAAUUGAUUUUAAGGGGCUGCUAUAAAUGGAACAUCAAAAAGCUGCGACAGGGCUACUCCGAGCGGAAUAUGCAAACUGCAAGCCAGAAGCAUCCUAGCCCGUUGCAAUACCGUACAUUGUGUGUGCCAGCACUUUUUUGUUAUUACGUAAAGGCUCUUGGAAGCACCUUGGAUAUUUUACAUUCUCCUUUCUCUGCUGGAAGCAAUCAGCAGGCAGGAAUCCUGACGUGGGCUCUGGGACUAUAGGACAUUCCAGCUCGUGAUCCAGCACGGUUAAUCGUGAAAAGUGUAUACAUUUCUGGCUUAUCUAUGCUUUGUUAUGGGUCUGACGUGAGUCCGCGUCCUCCUCCCCCCCUCCCGCAAUAUUACAGGCAGAAUUUCAGUUAAAAGUCUUACAGUAUCACGGUGCGGGAACCCGUGGUAUUCAGAAAGCAAAAUAACCUUAGUCCCCGGCUGUAAAAAGCUAAUUAAGCAGAAGAGGAAAAUCAAGAGAAACUCGAAAAUGUAAGUAUUCCCUCUCGUUAACAACCGAGCAUUUAACUUUGGAGCCUCAGAAAGGGAAAUACCAGGCUGUUCUGCACGUUUUCGCUAAGCUUCAUUUUCCACACAAUGCAGAAUAAAAUGCCAGUUUAAAGCGGCUACGUUACCGAAGGAUUUUCCAUCGCUACGAUCAGACUUAUGUCCUUUAAAUUCACGGCAUGCACAAAAGAGCAACGUUUGUCCAAAACAGGCUAAAAAUAUACGGAACGAUAGGGGGGAAAAAGCAUACAAAUCCUUCCUCGGAAGCUAGCGACGAGGAAGUCUGAGAGGUCUGAGUGUGUUUGAGCUCGGAUUGUUUAAUAGAAAGAUUUAUAUACUAACUGUAUUAUUUACUUUGGGAGGGGAGGUGGCAGUAUAAGGGUAUGCUAAUUAGUGGGAGAUUUUUUGGGGGAAGGGGUGGAAUAUCAAUUUUUAUUGCAUCACCUGUCAGGAGUGUCCAAUCAGCGUUGGCUUUAGGGGAAUUAAUUGAUGAAGGUGUCUCCGGACGAGCUCACUUCACUCUGUCAUUUUAUUUGUAGCUAAAGCAGCGGCGGGAAUAGCAGCUGCAUUUCUUUUCUCUUCCUCCCUUCACAUUCCAUUAUCAUAGUUUCCAAUGGAAAAGCAGGGAAUGAAAGGGAACAGGUACUGAUCUUCAGCAGCAACUUAGAGAAACACUUUGGCAAACCUGAUUUUUAAGAUUAUAUAUUGAUUGUAGCCUCACGGUAUUUUUUUAAUUUAUUUUUUUAAUUUUGUCUAAAGUUUGGCACUUCAUUCACCAGGAAUAACAGCCUUUGUUAUAUUUUAUUAGCAGGAUGCCUUGAGACAAAUACAGCAUCUGGCUGAGGAUUGUGUGUGUGUGGCUUUUUAUUUUUUUUUUUUUUUUUUUUUUUUUUUUUUUUCAUAUCUCUCUCUCUCUCUGCAAAUGCUGGGAAUAAUUUAAUUCACGAAAUGGGAGACCUGAAGUCGGGUUUUGAAGAGGUGGAUGGCGUGAGGCUCGGCUACCUCAUCAUUAAAGGAAAGCAAAUGUUUGCACUCUCCCAGGUUUUUACAGACCUGCUCAAAAACAUCCCGCGAACUACCGUGCACAAGCGAAUGGAUCAUUUAAAAGUAAAAAAGCAUCACUGCGACCUGGAGGAGUUGAGGAAACUCAAAGCCAUCAACUCCAUCGCUUUCCAUGCCGCCAAAUGCACCCUGAUCUCCAGAGAGGACGUGGAAGCCCUUUACACAUCCUGCAAAACCGAACGGGUCCUUAAGACGAAACGGAGGAAAAUAAGCCGGGCACUGUCAGCCACCGACCUCCGGCCGGAGCUCGCACCCACCGACCCCUUCACCGGCUUCUGGAAGGAGAACAAACUUUGGCUGGGCUUGAAUGACUCUCCCCGGCCCCUGCUGCCCAUCAGGAGGAAAGCUCUGCGUCCGGGAGACACAGCCUUGCUACCGGCCUCUCAUCUACCUCACAUUUUUAGUAAAUACACUGGCCACAGCUACCCAGAAAUCGCUCGGGCGCCUUGCAAACCCCCCGUAAACUAUGAAACGCCCGCCGCCCCGGCGCUACGCUGCUCCGGCGGCCUGGGGAGCUGCUUCGCGGAGAUAAGAGAGGAUAGGGUAUCCGAGAUCACAUUCCCACACUCUGAAUUUUCCAGUAAUGCCAAGAGUACUGACCUAACAAUUAACUGUGUUGCAAAGGGGGCCUCUUCACCUAGCCCAAAGACAAACAAUGCAUUUCCACAACAAAGAAUACUCAGAGAGGCAAGGAAAUGCCUUCAAGCAACUACUACACACCGUGCAGAUAACAAUACAAUAGCUGCUAGGUUCUUAAAUAAUGAUUCUUCAUCAGCGGCAGCAAAUUCAGAGAAAGAUUCCAAAAUCCCUCAUUGUAUUGAAUUUGCCACGGAUUUGCCCUCUUUACAAACUGAUCCUGAGGAGGAUGCUGCUUCUCCAGGGGCAGCAGCAGCAGCUGAGCUCCAGUGCACUGAUACAGGCAAUAAGGCAUUGCCAUUCCUGCACAGCAUUAAAAUCAAAAUAGAGGACAGCAGUGCGAACGACGAGUAUGAGCCCGAUCUUACAACACAUAAGCUAAAGUGUGAGUGCAAUGAUACUAAGGAUGAGUUUUACGGUGUGACUGAGAGUAAUAACCAGGACGCUUUAUUAACAGCCAAGGAAGAUUCUGCAUGCACUGAGAAAGAAACCACUUCCUUAAACCCGCUGACUCAGAGUCAGGUCCUCUCAUGCACUUUAGGUACUCCAAAACCUGAGGAUGGGGAGUAUAAAUUUGGAGCAAGGGUGAGAAAAAAUUACAGGACACUGGUUUUGGGAAAGCGACCUGUACUGCAGACUCCUCCAGUCAAACCAAAUUUGAAAUCAGCUCGAAGCCCACGUCCUACAGGUAAAAUCGAGACACAUGAAGGAACACUGGAUGAUUUUACAGUUAACAAUAGACGCAAAAGGGUAGCCAGCAAUGUAGCAUCAGCAGUGAAAAGGCCAUUUAAUUUCAUGGCAAAUUUUCCCUGUCCACCAUCACUAAUUAUUGGCAAUGAUGGGGAUUUGUUGCCAGCUUAUUCCUUAAACACCACUAAGGAUUCCCAACCACCUCACAAGGCCCAUCCUGUAUGGAAAUGGCAGCUGGGCGGUUCUGCAAUACCUCUUCCACCUAGCCACAAAUUCAGGAAAUUUAAUUAAUAAAAUAGUUUGGAAAAUAUUUUCUUGAACCACCUUUAACUUUCUUACGUUUUUUAAACUCUGCAGGAUGGUUUGUACAAGCCCAUUAAUGCUAUACACACUUUUGGAAUCCUGUUUUAUCACGUUGUGAAGACAGAAACCGGAUUACUAUUUUCUUUACAACAGUGGGGGUUUUGUUUGUUUGUUUGUUGGUUGGUUUUUUUUUUUUUUGGGUUCUGUUGCAUUUGGGGGUUUUUUGGUUACAUUCCACAGAGUACUUCAGGCUAAAGACUCAAGUUAAACUCAGUUAUUAUGGUAGAGCUGGAACACUUUACUGUUUAAAUGCUAAUAAUGCACCAGUACCUCAAUUCAACUGCUGCAAAUAAAUGUCAAAAGGUUGAAUAAUAAAUAUUAGAAUGAGCCAUUAAAUUUAUGCACUAGAUUUCGAAAAUGGAAGUCUAACUGUUAAUUCAGUUAAAGUUUGUUAAGUUACAUGGUUGCACAGUAAGGGUUCACUAUAAUUCAAUGUGGCAGCAGCCUACUUUUCGGGAGCUUUGUUUUUGGGUGCAGGGGUGUCUUAUUCGAAGAGCAGUUGCACUUACUCCUUUUUCUCUGGUUUGGAAAGUCUGGGGUCCGCCUGCGACCCCAGCGCUGGGAAAAGCUGCCUCAUCUGAAACCAGUAAAUAAAUGUGGAAUUCUAUUUUUGGUAAAAGGGUGUCUUUUUACUUGUACAGCCACUCUUUGCAGUUGGGAAGCCUUUUUGUUUCACCCAGAGGUCUUAAAUAAGGUUACUGUUACCCACUAAUGUCAUACUUAAGUUGUGGUCUGAACAUGCCCCUUACAAACUUGCAAAGCAACUAAAAUAUUUGCCUGGCUAGCAGUACAAUUUAUGGUCCAGCCCCUCACGCUGGCUGGAGGAAAUAGCAAAGCAGUAAAUACAACACAGAAAGUGAAACGAGAGGCCGUAAGUGGAAAGAAUACACAAAAUCAGAAGACCAUGUUAUUCAUAGCUUUUUGGCACCAAAACUCAGGCGUUUUGACCGUGUUACACUUCCCAGUUCUACCCUCAUCUCUUUAAAUUUGUUGUCGUGGGGUUUUUUUGCCAUGCCAUCCUCUCUAUGUAGCAGAAACAUUUCUACUGCACGUGACAAUCAGAGGCAAUUAUCUAUAUUUGCACUUAAUAUCGAAAUAGUCGAACAGGCAGACUUCUAGAGUCUAGCCCUCGGUAAGACAUGCUGGUAUAAUAUAUUGUGAUGAUGGAAGCAGUAAAUCAAAAUUAUGGAAAUUUGCACUGUUGAAAAGCAUGCUUUAGCUUUAUUUUCAAUUAAAAACACUGUUUAAAAAAAAUCCUGAUUCCAUACACUUUGAAUUAUUGCAGAGUUAUCCAUGGUUUCCUCUCCGUUUGUAAGUUCACUGUUUUUAUUUGGAGGAAAUACGCUUCAAGAGGUUAACUGUUUCCCUCC